UCUUUCUUGCUCUGUAUCUGUGUGCCGACUGCCGAGUGCUAGACGAGAGAUAGGGAGGGAGACCGGCCGAGAAGGUUCCGGAACCGGAAGGAUGCCUCGCGCGGGGCUGGCGGCGGGGUCGAGCAAGGUGGACAUCGCCAUCGACCUCGGCAACCCGCUGCUCAACCGCACCGUCGACGGCUUCCUCAAGAUCGGCGCCGUCGGCGCCUGCAGGGUGGCCGCCGAGGACGCCUUCGACUGCCUCCAAAGUGGGAGUGUCUCGAAGCGCAAGCUCGAGCAGACACUGAAGAAAAUGUGCAAGGAGGGCGCAUAUUGGGGUGCUGUUGCUGGAGUGUAUGUAGGCAUGGAGUAUGGAGUGGAAAGGGUCCGCGGACAGUAUGACUGGAAAAACGCGUUGAUUGGAGGCAUCGCAAGCGGCGCCCUGAUCUCUGCCGCGAGCGACAACAAAGGGAACAAGAUCGCCCAGGACGCCAUCACCGGAGGCGCCAUCGCGACCGCCGUCGAGUUCAUCAACUACCUCACCUAGCCGUGCGACCGUACUCAGAGCGGUGUUUCCUUUUUAUAUCAGACAAGACUGAAUAAGAACUUGUUGACUGAAGCCGUCCGCGCUCCGUGUUUAAUAACUGAACCCGUUUCCUCCAAAUGUUCUUCCGUUUUUU